GCUGGCUGGCUGGCGGGGAGGGGGCGCGAGGGAGGGAGAGUGAGCGAGGAGUUCGCGGGGGCUCGGUUCAGCGCUGCUCUCCCCCUCUCGCCCGCGCCGCUCUGCCUGGCCUGGGCUCAAGCAGCAGUCGAAGCUCCGCCGUCGUUGCCGCGCUGGGUCCGGGCCCCGCUGCCGAUCGCUGCGCAGGUUUGGAACGCGCGCCAUUUUGUGAGCGAUAGAAAAUCUGCCCGGCCAGGAAACGCCGCGGAUCCGCCCGCCGGGCCGGGCUGCCCUCCUCCCGCAAGAGGGAGGUGCGCUGUGGGCUCCGCUCCGGGGCUAAGGCCCUGCUCUGCUCUUUUUCUGCACGGCGCCCCGAGUGUGGCGGGCGAAGUGUGGCAAGCCGGGUGAGGAGACUGCGGAGAGAGGGAGACGGGGCUGGGCUGGGCCGGGCCGCUGGCUGAGGCGGGGAAUGAACUGAACCCACCCGCCGCUCCUGACGCCUCCACCAUCUCCUCUUCACAUCCCUAGCAAGGAGGCCUUGGUCAGGACCAGGACGACUGCGGCCCCGGAGUGGAACUAGAGGCGGCCACCGCCCCAUACACGGUGUUUGCUGCUGGCCUCUCCCCUCCCCCCCACCCCACAGGAUGAUAUGAAAUUUGAAAGAAGACGAUGCAUACAGACCUUUUGGCCGAUCUCCGGGGGGUCAAUACAGAGAUAAUGCCAGAGAGAAACAAGGCCAGUCGUUCAGACCCGCCUGGCGUCAACCCUGGAACAACCGUGGCAGAGGAACCAACAGAUUCCAGUUCCGAGGUUUCCCCAACGCCGCUGCUCAGCAAAAUCGAGGAGAGACUUCAGCAUGCAAACCUUCAUCUGUUCGGCUUGCACCGUCAUUUUCAUUCCAUGCUGCUGGCCUUCAGAUGGCUGGACAGAUGUCCCAUUCGCAUCAGCAGUACAGCGAUCGUCGGCAGCAGAACAUAAAUGACCAACAAGUGUCUGCCUUAUCAUAUGCUGACCAGAUUCAACAGCCUCUCACAAACCAGAGGCGGAUGCCCCAAACCUUCCGUGAUCCAGCAACAGCUCCUCUGAGAAAAUUGUCCGUAGAUUUGAUCAAAACAUACAAACAUAUUAAUGAGGUUUACUAUGCAAAAAAGAAGCGGCGACACCAACAGGGCCAAGGAGAUGAUUCUAGCCACAAAAAGGAGCGGAAAGUUUACAAUGAUGGAUAUGAUGAUGAUAACUAUGAUUACAUUGUGAAAAAUGGGGAAAAGUGGAUGGAUCGUUAUGAAAUCGACUCUUUAAUAGGCAAAGGUUCUUUUGGACAGGUUGUAAAGGCAUAUGAUCGUGUGGAACAGGAGUGGGUGGCUAUUAAAAUAAUAAAGAACAAGAAGGCUUUCCUAAAUCAAGCCCAGAUUGAAGUGCGACUUCUUGAGCUUAUGAACAAACAUGACACAGAAAUGAAAUAUUACAUAGUGCAUUUGAAGCGCCAUUUUAUGUUCCGAAACCAUCUGUGUUUAGUUUUUGAAAUGCUCUCCUACAACCUUUAUGAUCUGUUGCGGAACACAAACUUCAGAGGGGUUUCACUGAACUUGACGCGGAAGUUUGCGCAACAGAUGUGCACUGCACUGCUUUUUCUUGCAACUCCUGAACUUAGCAUCAUUCACUGUGAUCUAAAACCUGAGAAUAUCCUGCUCUGUAACCCCAAACGAAGCGCUAUCAAGAUAGUUGAUUUUGGCAGUUCUUGCCAACUGGGACAGAGGAUAUACCAGUAUAUCCAGAGUCGUUUUUAUCGAUCGCCAGAGGUGCUAUUGGGAAUGCCUUAUGAUCUUGCAAUAGACAUGUGGUCCCUUGGUUGUAUCUUAGUAGAGAUGCACACUGGAGAACCCCUUUUCAGUGGAGCAAAUGAGGUGGAUCAAAUGAAUAAAAUAGUAGAGGUUUUGGGUAUAGCACCUGCUCACAUUCUUGACCAAGCACCAAAAGCAAGAAAGUUCUUCGAGAAGUUGCCAGAUGGCACUUGGAACUUAAAGAAGACCAAAGAUGGAAAAAGGGAGUACAAACCACCUGGAACCCGUAAGCUUCACAAUAUACUUGGAGUUGAAACAGGAGGACCAGGGGGGCGUCGUGCUGGGGAAUCGGGUCAUACUGUAGCUGACUACUUGAAGUUCAAAGACCUCAUUCUAAGGAUGCUUGACUAUGAUCCGAAAACUCGAAUCCAACCUUAUUAUGCCCUGCAGCACAGUUUCUUCAAGAAAACAGCAGAUGAAGGUACAAAUACAAGCAACAGUGUGUCUACAAGUCCUGCUAUGGAACAGUCACAGUCUUCAGGAACCACUUCUAGCACAUCUUCAAGCUCAGGUGGCUCUUCUGGGACAAGCAACAGUGGAAGGGCACGGUCAGAUCCUACGCAUCAGCAUCGUCAUAGUGGUGGACACUUCACUGCUGCUGUGCAAGCUAUGGAUUGUGAAACACACAGUCCACAGGUUCGACAGCAGUUUCCUCCUCCACUUGGUUGGACAGGCACUGAAGCGCCUACGCAAGUCACUGUUGAAACCCAUCCAGUUCAAGAGACCUCCUUCCAUGUAACCCCUCAGCAACAGAAUGCAUUACACCAUCACCAUGGAAACACCUCCCACCACCACCAUCACCAUCACCACCACCAUCAUCAUGGACAGCAGGCCUUGGGUAGCCGGACCCGGCCAAGGGUCUACAAUUCUCCAACAAACAGCUCCUCCACCCAGGAUUCUAUGGAGGUGGUUCAUAGUCACCACUCCAUGACAUCCCUGUCUUCCUCAACUACUUCUUCCUCUACAUCUUCCUCUUCAACUGGUAAUCAAGGCAAUCAAGCCUAUCAGAACCGCCCAGUGGCUGCUAAUACGUUGGACUUUGGACAAAAUGGAGCUAUGGACGUCAAUUUAACAGUCUACUCCAAUCCACGUCAAGAGACUGGCAUAGCAGGACAUCCAACAUACCAAUUUUCUGCUAAUACAGGUCCUGCUCAUUACAUGACUGAAGGACACCUUGCAAUGAGGCAGGGAAUUGAUAGAGAAGAGUCUCCCAUGACAGGAGUUUGUGUUCAGCAAAGUCCUGUGGCUAGCUCGUGACUAAAUUGAAACAAGUUUGUUUCUUGUGUGUUUUUAUAGAAGUGGUGUUUUUCCAAAAAAAAAAAAAAGUGCAAAGCUGCUUGAAUCAGAAGGAGAUAGACUUAUUGAACCGCUACAGGAGGGCAAAGCUGACUAUUUUUUUAAACUUGAACAGAUUUCAAAGGGACAGUGAAGUUUUUAGAGCCAUGUCCAGACCUAGCCUAGAUAGCUUUGAGGUGAUGUCUCACCUUGCUGCCCCUAUUUUUAAUUACCACAACCAAGUCAUAGAUUUUCUCUCCCCCCCCCCCCCAAAUCCCCAUUCAAUAGGGGUAAAUGUUCAGAUGUUGGUCUUAGUUGCAAACAGCUUUUUAAAGGCACUGCCCAGGAUCAUAUAAAUGGGCCUUUGGGGUUUGUUUUUGAGGGGGUGGGGUUGGGGCGAGAUAUAAGUUUUUAGUUUCCCAAUCAUACAUGAGCACGGAAAUGCAGUACUGUAAGGAAGAGGGACCUUCAGAUUAAAAAACAUAUUCUUCAGCUGUAAAAAGGGACGGUUGUAAUGGCGUUCAUAAGGCACAUUAAGCAUGCUAAGUGGCGGUGAUCAGGACUCUCCUUAUCUGAACCUACUGAGAAUCAAAGCAGCAAUUAUAUGGGAUUCUGUGUCUCUUGUAUUUGAGACCACAAUCAGCUAGUAUUGGAAUAUGACUGGUCUCAUAACUAAGGUGCACUGAGAAGCAAUCAACAGGUUGGUCUUGGCCAGUCCAGGGGAAGUCUAAGUGGUGGUCUUUGGGAUAACCUUUGGCCUUAUGGAUUUGGACUCUAAGUUAGAAGAGCCUACCAUUUCAGAUGCAAUCACUUUUGGACAUGCUUUUGCAGACAGUCCUUAAUGCUGAAAACACAGAGAAUGGGUAAUUCAAGAGGCCUUUCUUUUAAAAUAGACUUUUGUGACCCACUUAUUGUAAGGUAUUGCAAGGUCACUUUGCGUGUGUCAUAAAGUUGACUUCCUUAUUAGUUGAAGGUCACAGGAGUAGUGGUUUGCUUUUGAUGGAAAUAGCUACAACUGUGUCCCUUCCUGCUUUUUACUCUUUUUCUUUUUCUUUUUUUCUUUUCUGGGCACGUGGUUUCUCCACCAUUUCUUCUGCACAAAGAUGUCUUCUGUUCAUCCUGAACAUUUUUAAAAAUGCAGAAUUUUAUGUGACUGCUUUUUUGCCUCACAAUUAUGCUGUGAAUUUUACAAAAUUUUAUUUUCUUUUUUGAUAAUUUAUUGUACCAAAGCUGUUUUUAUAGCACAUAGAUGUCUGUAACCAAUAAUGUAGCAGUUCUGCACUUUGACACAAGGUGUAACUAGACCAUUUUUAAAUGUCAGUUGAAAAUUAUGGCUGUACUAUUGCUUAAACAAAACUGGAACUGUUGUUGAAUUCAUAGCCAAUACAUUUACAGCAAUCUGUGUACUGAACAUGAUAGAUGGACAUCUAAUUCAAGAUUAUAACAACAUCUGUUACAUUAUAAAUGUGUUCAGGCUUCUGAAAGUAAAAGGGACACUAGAUCCAGGAGCUAUGAAACCAGCAGUUGAUUCUUGUAUUCCUUAUUAGCAUAAAUGUAAACUUGAAGGUAAGACCUUGAUUGCAUGAACAGGUCCAAAACACUAGUAUGAGUAAAGCAAAAAAGCUCAUGUGAGACCUGAGGUUAGCAGGCUGUAUUUAACAGGUGCCUAAUUUUUGGGUUCUGCUGCCUUAAUAUAACACAGUCAGCUUGGCAGUUGCUAAAUUUCUGGACCCAUAAAAAAGUUUCUUAGAUUAUGGAUAAAAACACAGUGAAUUAAAUUGAAGAAUAGGGGUUAUGAAUGAUUAUCUUUCCCAGAUUUAACACUGUUUGCCCUGUAUGUGUUAACAAAAGCAGUAAUCUACCUCUGCCAGUAAACCGGUAAAAAAGGUCAUUCAGCAGAAAACCAUGUACUUCAUACUGGUCAGUUCCAUGUGACCAACUAGGUCAGUUCUUCUGAACAAAAAGUGUUCUUUUUCUUCUUCUUUUCCUUUCCUUUUUUUAAAGCAGUCCUCGCAGUGGCAGCAGAGAGGCUGAAUACAGUGCAUAUGUGGAAGUAUACUUUGGGAAUUAUCAGUUUUUGUAAAUCAGCUUUUUUAUCAAGGGAUCCAUACUUCUUUUGUACUGAAAGGUCAAGCCUGUGAAUUAAAGUACUUUUGAACUUUCAUAGUUCAAAAAUAUUUGGUGACAGUCAUCUAGAAAUGCAACACUGAGCUUAGCAAUACAAAAAGGAAUCCAGUACUUACUGCUGUCUAGGAAUAUAAGGGUAACAAAUAUGGGUAACGUUCCUCCCCUCCCCUCCUGUGCUGUUGCCACACCUUAGCAAGCACCAAAAAUUAAUACUGUUUUUAAACCUACAUAAAGAAAAAUCAUAAACUCCAAUGCUUCUGCAUACUGUGUUAUGUUACAGUCCAGUUUUGUGUGCUUUACUACACAGUUUGGUUACAGGACUUCUGUGCAUUGUAAACAUAAACAGCAUGGAAAAGGUUAAAUACCUGUGUUCAGAUUGUAAGAUCUAGUCCGGACUUGCUGUGUAUAUUGUAACGUUAAAUGAAAAGACAAGCCCUUUGUAUUAUAGUCAUGCAGUCUUAUGUAUGAUAAACAGUUGAAUAAUUUGU